CGCCGACACCUCGUUAAACCCGGAGCCGCCGUCAGGAGCGAUGCGCGUCCUGCAAACCCCAAAGAGAAUCAGAUAAAGAAAACAAGAGAGGAACUCAAACAGAAACAAAAAAUCUAUUAAGGUAAUUUUGUCCAUGGAAGACAGAGAGAGUGGAGGGAGACCAACUCGGAGAGAGGAUUGCAUUCACAGUCUGUGUAAGUGUGCGUUAGUCAGAGUGCGCGCAUCGGACUCCUACUCUGCGAUGUAAAACGUGAAGGUGGAUUUUUGGCAUGUGGAGAAGCAGGUAAAAAGGGUUUGUUCGGGAUGAUGCUGUGUAUGGGAAAGAAGCUGUGCCGUGACAGAGAACGUGGGUAAAAGAGACAUGCGAUACCCAGCCCUGCACCACUGCCACCUCUUCCUGGGCGGGGCCUUGCUGCUUCUCCUGGUCAGCUCAGCUCUGAGCUGCCCCGCCCGAUGUGAGUGCUCUGCCCAAAGCAAGUCAGUCAGUUGCCACCGUAAGCGUCUGCCCAGCAUCCCUGAAGGCAUCCCCAUUGAGACGCGCGUCUUGGACCUUAGCAAGAACAAGCUACGCACCAUCACGCCAGACAACUUCUCUUCCUUCCAACAGCUGGAGGACUUGGAUCUCAGUGAUAACCUCAUCAGUGUGGUCGAGCCUGGAUCAUUUCGCUUUCAACUUGCUUUACGCUCACUUAACUUCCGCAGUAACUUGCUUCAGCUGGUUCCUGCUGGUGUGCUGUCAGGCCUGACCAACCUUACCCACCUUGAUCUGAGCCACAACCGACUGGUGGUUCUCCUGGAUCAUGCCUUUCAAGAUCUGCGUAGGUUGACAUCCCUGGAGGUGGGAGAUAAUGAAUUGGUUUUUGUCUCUCAGCGAGCCUUCACUGGAUUACUUGGACUUCAGAGUCUCACCCUGGAACGUUCCAACCUCACGGUGGUCCCAACUGAUGCUUUGGCACACUUACAUAGUCUGGUUGAACUGCGCAUGCGCUACCUGAGUAUUAGUUUUCUCAAGCCUUUUUCCUUUAAGAGGUUAUCUCGUCUGCGCCAUCUAGAGAUUGACUUCUGGCCCUGGCUUGACACUCUGCCUCCCCUCUCACUACACGGCCUCAACCUCACAACAUUAUUCAUAACCAACACUAACCUAUCUGCCUUCCCUGGUGCAGCACUGCGCAAUCUUCCCUACCUCACACACCUUAACCUGUCCUACUGCCAAAUCCAACAUAUCCAGCAAGGUGAUCUGGGCCAACUCCUACACCUGCUGGAGCUCCACCUCCAGGGGGCUCGGUUGAUUUCCAUAGAACCCUUUGCUUUUGUGGGCCUUAAAUCUCUGCAGCUACUGGAUGUGUCACAAAAUCGCCUGGACUCUCUAGAGAAGGGGGUGUUUGGCUCACCAGACAACCUGCAGAGGCUUUGUCUCGGUGGAAACCCAUUAGUGUGCGACUGCAGGUUAUUAUGGCUGCUCAACAGCCACAAGCCCCCCUCUCUGCAGAUUCUGGACAUCCAGCCUGAAUGCAGCGCACCUGACCACCUCAUAGGGAAAACACUCCAUGACCUUAAGGAGCCUCUGGUCUCCAGAUAUAUGACCUGCACCAAACCACGGAUUGCACCCAACACAACACAGCUGCUCAUGGCUGAUGAGGGUCAGCCUGCCCGCCUGAGCUGCAUGGCAGAGGGAGCCCCUAGACCCUCUGUUGUCUGGAUCACACCACACAGACGCUACAUUACAACCAAAAGCAGUGGUAGAGUGGAAGUCCAGCCUGAUGGCACCCUGAAGAUCAAGGCAGCAGAGCUGCAUGACAGCGGGGUGUACUUGUGUAUCGCCAGUAACCCUGCUGGAAAUGCUAGUUUGUCGGCAUCUUUAGCUGUAAAGAGCCUAGGCCUUGGGGACCGAUCUCACUAUAGCAACAGAAGCUCAAAUUAUUUGACAGACUCUAACAGCACAUGGGGGAAUGGAACAGUACUGUAUAACAUGACAGUCCCUAUUGACAUAAAGACUAUCAUUAUAUCUACAGCUAUGGGCUGCUUGUCCUUCUUAGGUGUGGUCGUCUUCUGCUUCCUGCUUCUGUUUGCCUGGAGCCGAGGGAAAGGACGCCACAAGAGCAACUUUGAUAUUGAGUAUGUCCCCCGUAAAUCCAACGGUGCAUCUGCAGAUGUGGCAGAGACGAGCGGCCCACGGCGGGUCAACAUGAAAAUGAUUUGAAAAUGAUGCAGACUGAUGCACACGACAGAAGUGACGACAUAGUGCACACAUAUCAAAUGAAAAAAAAUUGACUUUUUUUUUCCUCCUUCUAUGACAAAGUGGAUUUGUGACAAACGAAAGUGAUGUACUAAUAUAGUGGGUGUCGAUAUGACGGUGAUCUAGUGAUAAAGUGGACAUGUGAAUAUAAAAGUGAUAUAUGAAACUGUGGACGUGUUUAUAUGACAUAAUGUUCUCAUACAGUACACUGAAUAUAAAACUAUAACCAACAUAUCAAUAUGGGAGUGAUAGUGUUGCACUAGGCAAGUGAUUCAGUGGUGAUGUGAUGAGUAAUGAUACUGUCGACUCACCAUGACAUCAAGGUGAGGGACGGAGCCACUGGGAGUGACAGGGACGUCUUUGUGUUGGCACUAUAGCUGUCAUCACUGCAACACACCAGGACUCAAUUGUCUAAUACCCCAUCUUAGCUGCAGUAUGAAAGGUGUGAGCUGGGUUUAUGUGCGUAUGUGAGCGUGCGUCGGUGUGCACGUGUCGCAUUUGUGUGUUUCUUUGUGCAUGUGCACGCAUUGCCUUUCUUGUGGGAUGGAAUAAUCAAAGUAAAUAAUAGGGUCCAAAGCAUUUUUCCAGGCUUUUUUGUUUGUGUUUGGGUAUUGUGACAGCCGUAAUGUCACUGUUGAUUAAAACAGAGAAUUAUCUAUGUUUGUAUGCAAAAUUGCAAUUAAUCUACUCUAAAGAAAUGCUGCAGAAAUUUUGAACUCGAUCAGUGCCCCCCCGCAGUUGGAAUGACUUUAACAUAAGAUGGGGAUUUUUUUUAUAAACUCGAGAUGUAGUUAGAAUGCGAGGCAAGAGCUUUGUCUCUGCCUUACAGCUCACUUUUUCAGCUAAACAACAAGCUUUUCCUCACAGAAAACAGUAGCCAAUGGUGUUAUUGUUAUGAAAAAAGCCUCCAGCCAUAGAGAGGACAUGUUAAACCCAUUUUAUACCAUAAUAAAUCAUGGGCAGAUUUUCCUGCCAGACAAAUCCCUCGAUAUGAUAUAAAAGAGUCGGUGGCCAGACACAACGGCAAAGAUUUACUGGCCGGCGCCCUCUUUGGACCAGACAAAGUUGAGCUUCACAGAUUUAUGUGUUGAACACCCCCUCCCCUCUCAUUUUUCUUUGAUUGCACCAUUUAAAGUUGCGGAUUCUUCCCAGGGAGUGGAAAAAAAAAAAAAAAGAAAGU